UUGAAGAAUUUUUCUCUUCUCGUCGAGACAUUUUUUAGAAAGCAAUGAGCGUCGAAGGUACUAAAGUCUCGAAUUUGCGUACUUUAAGGAAAAAUAGCGACGCGUCAAACAGUCGAUUUCAUCUACUUUGAUUAAUAAUGUUCACUCGAUUGCUUCAGCAGCAUAUGAUAUUUUAGCGCUUUCGAACAUCGACAAUUUCCGCAUUUCAACAUUUCGCACUUCGCAGGGCUUCCCCAGAGAACACCGGGAUGUCCGAUAGACUGGAGAACGUUACGCAGACAAUUUCGAGGAUACUCGACGGUUACGAUAUUCGAUUAAGGCCGAACUUCGGCGGUGAUCCGUUGUUGGUCGGAAUGGACCUCACCAUCGCGAGUUUCGAUGCAAUUUCAGAAGUCAAUAUGGAUUACACGAUAACGAUGUACUUGAAUCAAUACUGGAAGGAUGAGAGACUUGCCUUCUCACACGAGGAUGAGAUCCUGACGCUGAGCGGCGACUUCGCAGAAAAGAUCUGGGUGCCGGAUACGUUCUUUGCGAACGACAAGAACAGCUUUCUGCACGACGUCACUGAGCGCAACAAACUCGUUAGAUUGUCGGGCGACGGCUCGGUCACGUACGGCAUGAGAUUUACGACAACCUUGGCCUGCAUGAUGGACCUGCACUAUUAUCCCCUCGACUCGCAGAACUGCACCGUAGAGAUCGAGAGCUACGGAUACACGGUGCUCGACGUAGUAAUGUACUGGAAGGAGACUCCCGUUCGCGGGGUCGAGGAAGCAGAAUUGCCGCAAUUCACGAUAAUCGGUUAUGAGACCAAUGAUCGAAAGGAGAAGCUGGCGACCGGCAUUUACCAGAGGCUCUCGUUGAGCUUCAAGCUUCAGAGGAACAUCGGUUACUUCGUUUUUCAGACAUAUCUGCCGAGUAUACUGAUCGUCAUGCUCAGCUGGGUCAGUUUCUGGAUCAAUCACGAGGCCACCAGUGCGAGGGUGGCUCUCGGAAUCACGACGGUGCUAACGAUGACAACAAUAUCGACCGGUGUUAGAAGCUCACUGCCACGAAUCAGUUACGUGAAAGCCAUCGACAUUUACCUGGUAAUGUGCUUCGUGUUCGUAUUCGCCGCCCUGCUGGAAUACGCGGCGGUCAAUUACACGUAUUGGGGCGCACGGGCGAAGAAAAAGAGCAAGAAGAAGGAGAUCGAUGAGAGGAAGGUGCUUACCUCGAAACCCGGCAGCAAAGCCAGCUCACCUUUUCCAGGCACCACGGACGCAGAUAUCAUAGAGCUGCAAGAUCUCCGAAUGUCACCGUUACCGAGCAUAAGAAAUAGGUCGGGCCUGGUCAGCGCCUCGUCGACGCCCGGAAGAGAUCACGAUCCGGCCAAGUUUCCGCCGAGCUUUCGCAUCUCCAGGGCCGCCGCUUACAAUACGCACGCCCGAAACAGCGGUCUUAGAUACAGAGGCCCGAGAUCGCACAAGCCAAAGGUGUUACACGCCAUACGUAGAGGAGCUUCCGUACUGCGCGUAUCGAUGCCAAAGAUCAAGGACGUGAAUGUGAUAGACAAGUACUCACGGAUCAUCUUCCCAGUCAGCUUCAUGCUGUUCAACGCCGUGUAUUGGGUCUUUUACGUCCUCUGAACGGACCGUGUCAAUGUUUCACUUGGCCUCGAGUUUGGGCCCCCGAGGACCAAUCGAUUCGGGAGGUUUCCUCGCGUACUCUCGCUUUGUUUUCGAGAACUAUGACCCUAUAAACGCGUAAUAUUCCUAGAAUAUUAUAUGAAUAUUAUUA